AUGAAAGGUGUAAAACAUGUCAUAGUAAAGCAUGACAUAUAUGCCAUGUAUAGCAGAACAAAUGAGAAAGCUUUACGGAGACGCCAAGAAGAAAUGAUCUUCUAUGUAGGCUAUAAGGAGUACCCGAAAGAACAAAUAAACAAACUGACAAACAAACAAAAAUGCUGGACCACCACUUUUCUUCUGUCUGUAUCAGUGGAAAGAAGGUCCAAAGGAAUGACUUUAAGUACUGCAGGGGGCACCAUUAACACACUGAUCCAACAGAAAAGAAGGAAGAAAUCACUUCCGGGUCAAGUUUGAAGCGAAACAUUGCUACAUCUGCCCAUCCGACCUGUUUGUUUUUUUUAGACAUGACUAAAAUCCAGCUGCUGAGAGAUUUUGUCAACCAGCGGCUAACUGUGGCUGCAGGAGAGAUAUGUGAACUGUUUGAAAACACGAUUGCAGCUUACGAGGCUCAGCUUUGUCGAUUAAGAGAGAAAAACGAACAGCAACAGAGACAACUGGACGCUUUUCUCAGUCCUGAAUGUCGUCCAAACAGUGCAGGUUUGUUCAUGAAUCCUUAAUGAAAUUGCUGAAAACAGACCAAUGAUAAAACAGAUUUAUUUUAUUUUAUUAUCAGGGCGCUGCUAGAUAGAGAUGCGGGAGUGGAGUCUGGAAUGGACUCCUUGUAUCGGAUUGCUUAUAUCGGAGAUUUUUAGGUGCAAGCCGAUAUAAUCCAAUAUUCGUUUGUUUUUUUUUUCUGAUUUGGGCCAAUAUCUAUAUCAUAUCGGGACACCCCUAAUUAUUACACGUUUUAUUGAUUCUGUCUACAUGCACAUCACAAGUGAAACAAAACGGCAGCACAGGUACCAUAGUGACUUGACAGCUCGUCAUAUGCUGUGCCCAUAUAUUUCUCUCUCCUUCUUGUUGGACUUUUUACAUUGUUCGCAAUGUUUUUUAUGUUUUGGCUGCUCAGCUACAAACUAAAUGCUAAACACUGUUUCAUUUCUCAAAUAUGUUUUGUAAGUUGGGGAAAGUGGGGUUAGUUGAGCCAACCCCUGUUCCUUGGAAAUGGUCAAAGAAAUUGAUCACAUGUCCAAAUAUUUAGGACAUAGGCACCAAUUCAUUAAGUCUGUGAAGGUUAGAAGCACUUGGGUGAAGAGGUUAGACAUUUAUUUCAUAAGUUUUAUUAGAAUUGUAUUCAGACCAAGAAAGAUCAUUUUAAAGUAGUUUUAUACAUCAGUUGUGGUAUCUAUGAGCUACAACAUGAGGUCAACCGCUCAACUUACCCCGCUCCUAUGGUCAACUUAUCCCAUGGGGUAAGUUGACAAUAGGAGACAAUAGGAGGCUAUAUUUUCAAGACAGUUAUGUUUACACAACUUCUGUUGGUUUGCAGGGAUGUACAACAUCUUGAAAUAUAUGCAGAUACACUAGUUAGAGACAAAACUAUGAUUGCCUUGAUGUAGUGAUCCGAAAUAUGAAAAAUGGCUCAUCUCACCCCACUCUCCUCUAUGUAGAUCAAUAUCACCUCUGCGCGGUGUAUGUUGGUGUAAUUUCGAUUUAUGUUGGUGUAAUCCACCAGUCACCCUAAAAAGAAAUUUAUGACCAAUAAAUGAAUAAAAAUCGGUCUGUUACGGGUGACUUAAAAGUAUUCUUAAAUGUAAGCAUUAAUUGUUGUUAUCAAAUAACCUUCUAUUAUUUUUUUGUUACUGUAUCUUGCAGAUGUCCCGCAGCUGCUGUUGAAUAAAAAUGAGUUUCUUCUUGAGCAGCAGGACUGUAGCCCCGGUCUGGACCAUGAGGACACUGAACCCCCAUCCACCAAAAAAGAACAGCAGGAUUUAUGGAGCAGUCAGGACGAAGAGCAGCUUGAAGUACAAGAGGAGGCUGACACCACCAUGUUCCUGUUUAUCCCUGUUCCUGUGAAGAGUGAAGAUGUUGAAGAGAAUCCACAGCCCUCACAGCUUCAUGAAAGACAAACUGAACAAAUGGAAACAGAAGCUGACAACCCGGUCAAUGAGGGACCAGAGCCAGCCAAGCACACAGAUCCAGUGAGACAUUUACAAGCAGAGACUGAGGUCCAGACUGGAGACUCUUUUCAGUGUGAGACUCCAGAAAGUGUUGAUUUUAAUGGGACCAGGAAACAAAAACCACACUUAAAGUCUUUAGAAAACAUAAAAUGUAGAAGAUCAAAGAAACCUUUUGGCUGCUUUGUGUGUGGCAAAAAUUUAAAGACAAAACAUCAUCUGAUCCAACACGUACGUACUCACACAGGAGAGAGACCCUUCAGCUGCUCUGUUUGCAGUAAAGAAUUUAAUCGAAAAGGAAAUAUGCAAAGACACAUGUUAGUUCACUUAAGAAAUAAAGUCUUCAGCUGCCCUUAA